UUUUGUGUUUAAGUAUGGUAAUUUUUAGUCAUGGGAAAGUGGGGUUUGGUGUAGUGAAGUAGGUAUAUCAACAUAUAUUAUAAAUAAAAUAGAAGCGGAUAAAGACCCUCAAGUAUCAUUAUCACCUAAAAGUAAAAGACAGUGAAGAAAGGCUAACUGUUCGCUAAGAAGCUGUUUCGACAGUUACCCUAUCAAGCCAGUUCCAUUACACAACGUAUUGGAAUCGAAAGGCAAUUUGUUCAGGGGCGGUUUUGUAAUAUUUUCACUUUGAGUGUCAUCUCUUUACUGUAACAAGGGUCAAGAUGCUGUUAACCCAAAAUGAACAGAAGGAGAUUGAUUUGAUAGACACAAGGAUUGAGGAACUGGAGAAACGAAUUCUUGGAAAUCAUCAGUCAACAGAAAAUAUAAUUCCUAUAACCGAUUCUCUCAUAAAUACAAAUGCCUUGAUAAAUGCUUCACUGGUAGGGAGGGAAGCUGUGUCAAUGUUCAUGCGGAGACUGGCUGAGCUAGACAAAUUACUUGACCCUGCUGUUGAAGAUAAGGCAGUAGAUUUGUCAGCCAAAAUGGAAGAGGUGCUUGUAAUGGAACCUCUCCUGCAGCAAAAUGCAAAAGCACUCUACCAGAUUCAGAAACUGGCAUCAGUGUUGGACAGCGAGGCCAUCAAGAACGUUCCGAGUCUGACAGAUCGACUUGAGAAGCUGACCUUGUUUUAUUUGGACAGAAAGCAAGAGGCUGAUGCCACUACAGCAAACACAAUGGACUUACUUCAGCAGUACAACACAAUUAUUGUGAAUAUCACUAAGUCAUUUGUGCAGUUUGAAGAUACAGUAACCAGGCUUGAAAUUGCUGCGCUGCCCCGAAAGGAAGCAGAUUGAUGAAGAGGAUUGGAGAAGUGACACACAUUCAUGAACAAUGAUACUUACUUGAUUUGAUCUAGGUUGGACCUUCAGAAAUGCUUUUGUAUUGUAACGUGUUUCGUUACUGAAGACGCCAUAGAGAUGGUUAAUUGGUGUAUUUAACAAUCUUCAAAUAACA